UUUUCACAUAUUAUACAUAUAGUGUUAUGUUUAAUUUUAUUGUCAAGUUGGCAAAAUGCAUUUUUACUUCGACUAACAUAUUGAAAACUUUCGCUGAAAGCUCCUACACCUCCUUCAUCGGCGCACAUUAAUUGGGGAUAAAAUUACAAAUGAAUAAUAGCAGCAAUAGGCAGAGAAACCUUGGCCCCGGGGUUCAGUAUUUGCUGGAUUAUCUUAAGAAAAUGGCAGCUGAUAAUCCUGGUUUCUUCUAUGCAUUUGAGGGUGAUAAUGAGCUAUGUGGUAAUGUGUUUUGGGCGGAUGCUGCUUCUCGGUCGAACUAUAGCUAUUUCGGUGACACGGUUAGGAUUGACACCUCGUAUAGGUCUAGCCGGUCGAAGAUACCAUUCGUCACCUUCACGGGCAUAAAUCACCAUGGUGAGCCUGUCCUGUUUGGCUGUGCAUUGCUUCUGAAUGAAUCGGACACCUCCUUCGUUUGGCUCCUCCAGACGUGGCUCCGUGCAAUGUCUGGACGUGUACCUGUGUCCGUCACUAGUGAUCCCGAUAGACUGAUUCAGAUGGCUGUGGCGCAGGUGCUUCCAGAGGCACGUAAUCGCUUCUGUAGGUGGAGUGUGUUCAGGCAGACGCAGGAGAAGUUGGGCAAUGUGUGUCAGGUCAACCCGAGCUUCGACUUUGAGCUAAAGAAGUGUGUGAAUGAGGCCGACACGGUUGAGGAGUUCGAGUCUUGUUGGGGGAGUUUAGUGAGUAGAUACUAUUUGAUGAAUAACGAGUGGUUGCAGUCUUUGUAUAAUAUCCGUGAUCAGUGGGUCCCGGUUUACUUGAGGGACGUGUUUUUUGGGGAGUUAUCUGCAGUGGACUGCAGUGAUGCCUCUAGUUUCUUCUCUGACGGGUUCUUGAGCAGCUCCCCCACAAUACAGAUGUUGAUUAAACAAUGCGAGAAGGUUGCUUCGAGUUGGCACGAGAAGGAAUUGAAGGAUGACCUUGAUACAUCUAGUGCUAAGCCCGCUUUGAAGACACCAUCCCCUAUGGAGAAGCAGGCCGCGAACCAUUACACCCGGAGGAUUUUCAUGAAGUUUCAAGGGGAGCUGGUGGAAACCCUUGCUAAUCCGGCCAUUAUAGUCGAUGAAUCUGGUGGAGUAACAACGUACCGAGUGGCUAAAUUUGGCGAAGAGCACCGAGCUCACUCGGUCAGAUUCAGCACGUUUGACUUGAAAGCUACGUGCAGUUGUCGGAUGUUUGAAUUUUCAGGUAUCACAUGCAGACAUAUACUCUCGGUUUUCAGAGCCAAAAACGUGCUCAUGCUCCCGUCUGAAUAUGUUCUGAAACGCUGGACAAGAAAUGCCAAGACCGGCUGUGGAGAAGCCAUGCCAUCUGCUUUUGGGGGACCAAGCACUUAUCAAGAAUCUCAAAUGGUUCGUCAUGAUAAUCUACGCCAAGAGGCUCUAAAGUAUGUGGAAGAAGGCGCAAAAUCUAUACAUGUGUACAAUGUGGCUAUGAACGCUCUGCAAGAGGCUUCAAAGUGCGUUGCUGCAGUAAAGAGCAGAAGCUCUGGCUCUACACAUUGCACCAUUGAAGCAAAUGGAGGAAAUAAGGAGAUGGAUGCAAUCAAGAAUCAGUCUUCAUCGUGCUUAUCCAGGGAGGAGAAGGAGAAGAAAAUCCAAGAACUGACAGCAGAAGUUGAGCAGACGAACCAAAGAUGCGAAGUGUAUCGAGCGAUUCUGCUUGCACUUUUCAGAGACAUGGAGGACCAGAAGUUGAAGCUCUCUGUGAAGGUCCAGAAUGCGCGCCUUUCGCUGAAAGAGUAAAUGUUGCGCAAUCCCCUUAGCACCGCCAUUCACGUUGAACUAGUACGAGCCUCCUAGUCUUGCCCUCGUGUUGGCUAUAACCUUUGCUGUAAAUCGUGUUUCGUCAUCUGUUCUCGUGCUGCCCCUCGGAAGAGGACAUCUAACCAUGUCACAAUAUGAGAUGAUGUAAACCGUCAGAUUAAUUUGGGAUGAAGGGCGUGAUAAUUGAAGUAUGAAAAUAAAAUGAAAAUAUAUUUUGUCUUUUGAUCUUUUCA